GAAAGUCAGUGAGUUUAGUCCUGAAAUAAGAUUUUCUUCUCUUAAAUAGCCAGAAAUACACAAACACCUGGACUCGAAAUGACGUGAAGUCCCCUCUUUGAGUCUGUUCACAUCAUUUUUGAAAGGGGUCCGGCAUCAUGGCCGAGGGGGAGGAAGCAAUGAGCCAGGAGGACUGGAAGGAGAAGUGCCUGGUUCUGGAGGCGCUGCUCAUGAAGUUCAGAGUGCAGAUCAUCAAGAUCCGAGAGCUCACCGCAGACAAGAUCCAGCAGUUGGAGACCCAGGUCAUCGACGCAGAGAAACGGGCUUUCACUGCUCACCAGCAGGUGCAGUGGAUGGAGGAGAAGCUCAAGGCUCCGGACGGCCUGUGCGCAGACUCGGAGGUGCGCUUGUUUCAGCAGUGCCAGGAGCUGCAGACCUCGGUCCAGGAGAAGGAGGAGGCCAUCGCCCAGCUGGAGCAGCAGCUGGAGGAGCAGAAACAGGUUCGGCUUCAAGAUGCCAAGACGGUGGAGGAGAAAGCCGCUAAGAUCAAAGAAUGGGUCAUGCUGAAAUUAUCAGAGUUUGAGGUGGAGAAUGCAGCUUUAAGAGAAACCAACAAGCAGCAGGAGGCUCAGAUUCUGGAACUACAGAAACAAGUACAAGCCUUCGAGCAGAAGUGCAGCGCUGGGCGAGGAGUUCCGUGCAAACCAGGAGAGGCGCAGCGACUCAGCAGCCUGACCUUUGGCUGUUUCCAGGUGAGGGGGAAAAACCCCCAGGUCCUGACCGGACCGGCUCCGUCCCAGAGGACUGUCAGUACCGAGGGAGAGGCUGAGGCCGGAGACAAACCGGAGAAGAGCAGUCAGGAGACGACCUCCACUGGCACGGACGCUGAAGCGCCCAGAACAAACCAAACUCUGCUCCUGUGUCCUCCACUCGAGCACAACAGCACGGCCGAGACCCCCGGUGAGAACGGACCGGUGUCCCGUGGGGUCUCGUCCGUGCUGUCCAGCGCGGCGUCCGAGGGGGAGGGAGCGGCGUGCGGCCUGGAGUUCAGCCGGCCCGGCAGUGAAACCUACAUGACGGCGUCCGAUGACAGCAGCUCGCUGUUUGACGACGACAUGCAGCGUGCGGAGCAGCCCAGCUUCGGCCUGCUGGAGUCUUCGGACAGAGGAAGAGCGAGGUGUAAGGAAGGCGAGGAGGAGGAGGAGGAGGAGCAGAAAGGAGGCAGGGGGAAGUUAGAGGACAGCACCUCUGAGGAGCUCAACAAGCGCUUCCAGUCCCAGAGCCUGGACUCCUCGUCCUCCUCCAGCGAACCCACCACCCCGAGUCCCAUCCUGACCCCGGCCCUCACUCCCAAAAGACCCAACCCACCCCAGGACCCCAGGGACAACCCCGCCUCGCCCAAGCAGCCCCGGCUGAGGACCCCAGCGGGGCUGAUGGCGAACUCGUCCCUGGCUAAGAAGCACCUGAGUCAGCCGUCGAUCAGCAGCGAGGCGACGCACGGCCAAACACGGAACGCCCUGAGCAUGCUGCGUCCCCUCCGACCCCAGGAGACCGACCUGGACCAGCAGCAGCAGGAGGUCGGCAUGGAGACGGGCCGGGACACGCCUCUCCAUGGCCUUCCCGGCUCACAGUCGUCUCCCAGCAUGCCGUUCCAGCAGGGCUCGUCUGAACCCGGGAUGGAGGUGAACGCUGAGGGGUCGGAGUGGCAAACCUCUGCAGCCAAUAACAAACCCCCAACCCCCCCGCUACACCGGCUCCCCUCCUGGGAGAGUCGUAUCUAUGCCGUGGCUAAAUCCGGGAUCAGACUGUCUGACACCUCGUGCACAGACCCUGCUAGCAAAGAUCCUUCUCUGAAGUCCUCCUAUCCUGCCUUCGUGAUGUACACGUCCCUCGUCUAUAAAAACAUGACCACGCCAGUUUACACUACUCUGAAGGGGAAAGCCACUCUGCUGAGCAGCAGCCCGUUCUCCGACGAGUCGUCCAGCUCCGAGGAGUCGUCCAGUUCGGGCGAGGAGGACGGCUCCGUCUGCAGCUCCCACACCUCGUCCAGCUCCAGGAAGGACAGCAGCCCGGGAAGCCCGCGCUCCCUCAAAAGAGCGGUGUCCGUGGCUUCCAUGACAUCGGAGAGCGACUACGCCAUCCCGCCCGACGCGUACUCCACCGACACCGAGUGCUCAGAGCCGGAGCAGAAACUGCCCAAGACCUGCUGUUCAGCCAGCGACAACGGCAAGAGCGAGCCGAUGGAGAAGUCGGGAUACCUCCUGAAAAUGGUGAAAACCUGGAAGAAAACCUGGAAGAGACGUUGGUUUGUGCUCAAAGACGGCGAGCUGCUCUACUAUAAGUCACCUAGCGACGUAAUCAGGAAACCUCAGGGUCAGAUCGAGGUCAACGCCACCAGCAGCAUCGCACGAGGAGACGGGAAACAAAUACUUCAGGUUGUAACAGGGAAGCGUGUCUACUACCUGAAGGCCGACUCUCCCAACCUGCUGGACGAGUGGCUCCGGGUGCUGCAGAGCGUGCUGAGGCUGAAGGCCGCCAGUCCUCUCUUCACUCAGCCCGAUAUUCGGCCCAGCAUGAAGGGACUGCUAAUCAAGGUGAAGCACGGCUACUCGAAGCGGGUUUGGUGUGCGCUGAUCGGCAAAACACUCUACUACUUCCGCUGCCAGGAGGACAAGUUCCCACUGGGUCAGAUCAAGCUGUGGGAGGCCCGGGUGGAGGAGGUGGACAGGUCCAGGGACUCGGACGAAGACCUGAAGGCGUGUGGGCGGGGCUUGCAAGCUGCGCUUUUCACCAUCGCUGUCCACCCGCUGGAGCAAGGACCCACGUAUCUGCUCAUUGAGUCUCGCCAUGAGAAGGAUUCCUGGUUGUACCAUCUGUCGGUGGCGGCCGGCACCACGGCGGGCAAAGUCGGCACUGAGUUUGAGCAACUGGUGGGAAAACUCUUCCAGCUCGACGGAGAUCCGAGCUCUCAGAUCUGGAGGCAUCCCACGCUGUGCUUCAGUAAAGAGGCUCUGUCGGCUCCUCUCACCACGCUGCCCUCGCAGGCUCUGCAGACCGAGGCUGUCAAACUCUUCAAGACCUGUCAGCUGUUCAUCAACGUGGCCAUCGACGCUCCGGCCAUCGACUACCACGUGUCCCUGGCGCAGAGCGCCCUGCAGGUGUGCCUGACGCACCCCGAGCUGCAGAACGAGCUCUUCUGCCAGCUCGUCAAGCAGACCCGCAGGAGGCAGCCGCACGGCCAGCCGGGACCCCUGCAGGGCUGGCAGUUUCUGGCCCUGUGUGUGGGGCUGUUUCUGCCCCGGCAUCCCUUCCUCUGGCUGCUGCAGGUUCACCUCAAGAGACACGGAGACUCCAGGACGGAGGUGGGCAAGUACGCCAUUUACUGCCAGCGCUCCAUGGAGCGGACGCAGCAGAAGGGCGAGCGGCAGGCCCGGCCGUCGCGCAUGGAGAUCCUGUCCAUCCUGCUGAGGAAUCCCUACCACCACUCCCUGCCUUUCAGCGUCCCCGUGCACUUCCUCAACAACACGUACCAGGUGGUGAGCUUUGACGCGUCCACCACGGUGGAGGAGUUCCAGUGUCGCCUGAACCAGGACACGGGCAUGAGGAAGACGGGGCUGUCCGGUUUCAGCCUGUACACCGACGACCCCACCGGACGGGAGCUGGAGCAUUGCCUGCAAGGAGGAAUCAAGAUCUGUGACAUUAUCUCCAAGUGGGAGCAGGCUUCGAAGGAGCAGCACACCGGCAAGUCGGAAAACACCCGGACCGUCCGCCUCACCUACAAGAACAGGCUGUACUUCUCUCAGCAGGUGAGGGGGGAGUCGGAGCGGGAGAGGCUGCUGCUGGCGUAUCAGACCAAUGAAGCCAUCGUGGCGGGACACUUUCCUGUCAACAAGGAGCUGGCUCUGGAGAUGGCUGCUCUGCUCGCACAGGUGGAGUUUGGAGACUUUGAACGUCCAUUUUCUGCUGGAUCGGCCCAAACCAAAUCUACUCAAACCCUAAAGCAGGUUUUGGAGCGAUUUUACCCCAAACACUACCGCAGGACCACGUCUGAGGAGCAGCUCAGACAGCUGCUGCAGCGCCUCUCGGCCCGGUGGGCCUCGCUCAGGGGCCGAAGUUCGCCCGAAUGUGUCAGGAUCUACCUGACCGUUGCCAGGAAGUGGCCCUUCUUUGGCGCCAAACUGUUUGAAGCGGAAUCCGUCACUGCCUCUCCAGAACCGGGGGCAUGCGUUUGGCUGGCAGUGUAUGAAGAUGGCAUCAGCGUUCUGGAGCACAACUCCAUCAAACUGCUGGCCUCCCACCCUUACAAGAACCUCAUGACGUUUGGAGGCUGCAAGCAGGACUUCAUGCUGGUGGUGGGUCAGGGCAUCGGAGCCAGCGCCGGCAAAGACAAGCCCACCGAAAAGCAUCUGUUUGCGAUGAACGCCUCCAAGAUCAGGGAGAUCACCCUCCUCAUCUCCAGUUACAUCAACAGCGCACACCAGCAGAAGGCCGCCGCCCACCACCUGUCCGCCCCGGCCCUGAUGGUGGCCCAGCCCGUCAGCCUGAAGAGCAAAGAGCUGAGGAGCAAAUCCCCGCCGGCGCCGGGUCGGCCCAGCAAGGCGCCCACGCUGCUGUGACGGCACAGAGACCACCGGCCCCGCAUCAAAACUGUCUCCCUCAUCCAUUUUGGUGUAGUUUAAUAUCAAAGAACGGAUGAGGCUGCAGCUAUUUGCUAAUAUUGCCUUACAGCGCCUUUCCCCUGAGAACACUUGGCGAGAUUUGUGGCGGAGAACGCAAGUUUUCAUCGAGGUAAACGGGGGCCAAGAAACAACCGAGAGACUGUUUUUAAUACGCCGUUCCUUCUUUCUUUAGUGACCCAAAAGAGAAAAGUCAGCACUAUUUAUGACAGACUGAGGUCUGAAAUGACUCUCCAGCUUAAUUUUUAUAUCCCAGUUUAACAAAAAAAAAAAGGCAGAGCCGAGAAGAGCUAAUGACGCUCCGUUUACAAAGUAUUUCGAGAGCAAUCUUACUAUCGGGUUCUGCCUUCCUGUAGGGCAGGAAAUGAAGGAAACCCUUCCAGUGUUAGAUGCAUAAUGAAGAGGAUUAUGAUGAAAGCGGGACGCAAUAGCAGAGAGGGAGACUACAGCUGAGGAAAAACAGCGCGUGUGGUUUGUGCGGCCGUGGAUCAGGUGAGUAACUGGUGCUGCAGGAUUUGAAGAGGAAACCGGCGCACUCUUAGUUACUGAACAGCCUGGAGAGCAGUAAAACUUUAAUCGUGUACAAACACUCGUGGCCUCUCUGCUGGGGACGGUGAUUAGAGUGAGCAAAAGUGUCUGCAGUCUUUGUGUCAGAGAACGUUGAGGGAAGUGUUGGUGUCUGAAGGGGAAUCAGUUGUGGUUGAAGGGAAGUUAAUCGAUAACUAACGUUUCUCUCUCCUCAGAGUUUUUCUCCCUCGCUGCAGUUAAUGCUGCAUCCAAAAUGUAACCAAACCAGACUUUGACACUCAUUGUACAGUAAACUGAGAAACACUCACAGCUGACAAUGUGGUGCUCUGUCUUCUUUAAAAAAAGAAAAAAAAGAACAACUUUUUAUC